AUGGAGAUGCUGAAAGACCUACGGGUGGAGAUCCAAGAGGAUAUGGAUCAUCUCGUGAUCACUACUCCUCUCGGGAUGAUCGCCGAGGCGAUCGAGACAGAGAGAGGGAACACUACCGGGGAAAUGAACGACGGCGGUCGAGAUCACCUCAUAGACGAAGGCGAGAACCAGAAAUGGACUCCUAUUCCUCCAGCCGAGAUUAUCGAGCUAGAGAGCGAGAAGACCGCUACUCAAGACCGGACCCACGCGAUGAAAGGGCGCCUGGUGGGUGGGAUCGGGACCGAGGGCGAGGUGAUCGUGAUGACCGUGGCAUGUCAAGGAGAGAUGCACGACGCGACGACUUCGAUCGACCACCUCGGAGAGACAGAGACCUAUUCGCCGAUCGCAUGGAUAGAGGACCUGGGGGAGGUGGGCGGGAUAGGGGGUUCCCCAAAAAUGAUCGUGACGACUAGAAAGAAGAGUCCUACACCUCCACCAAGGAAGAAGGAGCCUACUCCAGAUCUUACGGAUAUCGAGUCCGUGCUUGAUAGGAAGAGGAGACUGACACAGUGGGACAUCAAACCGCCAGGUUACGAAAAUGUAACGGCCGAGCAGGCGAAACUUUCAGGCAUGUUUCCGUUGCCCGGAGCCCCUCGCCAACAACCUAUGGACCCAAGCAAGUUGCAGGCUUUCAUGAACCAACCCAGUGGUGGAGCAGGUAGUGCUGCCCUGAAACCCUCCAAUGCUCGACAAUCAAAGCGACUAUUUGUUUCGAAUUUACCCUCCUUAGGAAAGGAAGAAGCUCUCAUCAAUUUUUUCAAUGUCCAACUGAAUGGCCUCAAUGUCAUAUCUUCUACGGAUCCGUGUAUAAUGGCUCAAGUUGCAAAAGACACAUCCUUUGCCCUUCUUGAAUUCAAAUCUCCAAAUGAAGCGACUGUAGCGCUCGCGCUUGACGGGAUUGCCCUUGACGACGGAGACGCCAUGGAUAUGAAUGGUAGCGCAAAUGGCGCUUCACAAGGCCUGCAGAUCAAACGCCCGAAAGACUACAUAGUGCCGUCCGCUGCCGAAGACCAAGAUUAUCAGGAAGGAGAGGUUUCAUCGCUGGUCCCAGACACGCCGAACAAGAUCAGUGUCACUAAUCUCCUCCCCAAUCUUGCAGAUGAGCAAGUGACUGAAUUGCUGGUUGCUUUUGGUCAGCUAAAGGCAUUCGUCCUGGUAAAGGAUGCCAGUACUGGAGACUCAAGAGGCAUUGCUUUCUGCGAGUACGUGGAUCCUGCAGUGACAGAUAUAGCUGUUGAAGGCCUUAAUGGAAUGGAACUGGGUGAGAAGCAUCUUAAGGUAGCUCGUGCCAGCAUUGGCUUUGCUCAAGCAGCAGGCCUGGAGAUGGGCGUCAGCGCUAUGUCAAUGCUUGCAGGCACGACGUCAGAUACGUUGGACGAAGGCAGAGUGCUGCAACUUCUCAACAUGGUGACUCCGGAAGAGCUCAUGGACGGUGAGGAGUACGAAGAAAUCUGCGAGGACAUUAAAGAAGAGUGCGAGAAAUACGGUGCUGUACUCGAGAUGAAAGUCCCGAGACCCAGUGGAGGAAGCAGGCAAUCGAAUGGGGUGGGCAAGAUUUACGUCAAGUACGAUACGCCUGAAUCUGCCCGCAAAGCUUUGCAAGCACUCGCAGGUCGAAAGUUCGCGGACAGGACUGUGGUUACCACUUACUUUUCAGAGGAGAGCUUUGAGGUCAACGCCUGGUGA